CGACCAGUUGUCAUACGUCAGCGGGCCUAAGCUGUAAGCCGGGAACGAAUGGCUGGCGAGAGUCACUUCACAAGUAAGACGCGUCCGAGCAACUUGCACGCUCUCGCCUCUCUGUUGACCGUGACUAGCAGGCCAGUUGUAAACUUCGUCACUGCGCUAUGUCAUUUGAACAAUGACGGAAAAUGUUACAUUGAAGCAAGAUCUCAUUUUCCUUCAGACCAAAGUAACAAAUACAUAGCAGGACGUCUGUAAUCACCAAAAGCUUUGGAAUUUCAGUUGAUUUCUGGAAUUACUUUGACAGUCUUUGUCCAUCGUCGAUUUGACCGUCUUCUUGAUUUCAGCACCGGUGUGUCUGUCUACGUUUGCUGUUCUCUGUCAACUCCUGAAGGAGAAACGUUUGUUUGGCGUCUGCUAGUCCAUUUCGUUGAACGAAUUCAAGGCUUCCUGCUUGGGAAACAGUAAACAAGGUCAACUUCCGUUUAGAGGCGGAAUAUAUAUAUUUUAGUCAGAGGAACCAGACGUCUACGACUACAGGUCAAGUAAGCAAAAUGGAAGACGAAUUAGGAGGAGGCAGAAGAGGAUCAAGAAUCGUGCUGAAGAGGAAAGUGACGCUAAUCAACGGCGUCGCCUUAAUCGUGGGUUCGAUCAUCGGAUCUGGUGUCUUCGUGUCCCCGGGGGGCGUGCUCUUCUUCGCCGGGUCCCCUGCUGCAGCUCUCCUCGUGUGGACCAUCUGCGGUGUCUUCUGCAUCGUCGGGGCGCUAUGCUUUAGCGAACUUGGUACGAUGCUCCCUGCCGCCGGCGGGGAGUACGCCUACAUCCUGAGGGCCUUCGGCGGACUGCCCGCCUUCCUGACGCUGUGGGUGAACGUGGUCGUCAUCCGGCCGGCGACCCAAGCCGUGGUGUCCUUAACCUUCGCCGAAUAUGCCCUGGCCUUGACCUUCCCCAACGUCGACCCUCCCAAGAUGGCGGUCACUCUGCUGGCUGCCAUGGCACUGUGUGUGCUGACAUUCAUCAACUGCGUCAGCGUCCGGCUGACGAUGAGGAUCCAGACGGUGUUCACAGCCGCCAAGCUUCUGGCCCUCGUCAUCAUCAUCGUCGCCGGAGCUCUGCAUCUGGGUCGAGGUCACACGGAGAACCUAGACCGAGGCUGGGAGGGAGAGCACAACAUAGGAGGGCUGGCAUUGGCCCUCUAUUCUGGACUCUUCGCCUACGGCGGAUGGAAUUACCUGAAUUUGGUCACGGAGGAACUCAAGGACCCCUACAGAAACCUUCCCCGGGCGAUCUGGAUCGGGCUGCCGAUGGUGACGGUGGUGUAUGUCCUUGUCAACGUAGCUUAUCUGGCUGUGCUGUCGCCGCAGGAAGUUCUCACGUCCAAUGCUGUGGCUGUGGCUUUCGGCAGCGAAGUCCUGGGUCCUCUGAAGUACACGAUCCCGGUGUUCGUGGCCCUGUCAACUUUCGGCAGCCUGAAUGGCAUCUUGUUCACCUCCGGCAGGCUGUUCUUGGCCGGAGCUCGAGAGGGACAUCUGCCGCCUCUGCUCUCCUUCAUCCAUCUUCGCGCGCGCACGCCUGUCCCUGCUCUGCUGGUUACGUGCGUGUUAUCUCUGUUUAUGCUGGGCGCUAACAUCAUCUUCCUGAUCAACUGCCUGUCUUUUGUGCUGUGGCUCAGUAUCGGGGCGGCCAUCGGGGCUCUUCUGUGGCUCCGCAAGAAAGAGCCAAACCUGAAGAGGCCCAUCAAGGUUCAUAUGGCUCUCCCUUUGAUUUUCUUUGGCUGCUGCGUCUACCUGGUCGUCGUACCCAUGAUAACAGAGCCAAUUAGCACAGGUAUGGGAGUACUGAUGACACUCUCUGGCAUCCCUGUCUACCUCGCUUGUGUCAUGUGGAAGUUGAAACCCAGAUGGAUUAACAAUAUGCACAGGGAAAUCACUCACCUCCUGCAGAAGGUACUACUCGUCGUGAGCCCUGAGCAGUCAACUCAUGAAUCCCUUUUAGAGGAGGAGGAUGAGAAUUAGGAAAGGAGAGAGAGAGAGAAACCUCUGAAACCAAUCACAAAAGUAUAAGGAAGUCGCCAUCUAUUUUCCAGAUAACGAACUAGAAUUGAGAAGAAUUUUGAAUUAAUACAAUAAAUAGCAAAUUUGACCUAGAGUGCCGCAAGAUGAAGCAAGAUGAUUUCUAAAAUGAAAAAUAUGAGAAUAAUAGCGAAACUU